UCGGACAGCUCUUAAUGGGGAAAUGUGCACCUCAUGGACAUUCGCUGCAGAAAGCUUCCGUUAGUGCAGAGAAAGCUUGUUCUGCACAGAUUGAGGCUUCACCGUAAACUCAGCUAACGUGUUAGGUGUUCGUGUGUGUGCUUUUAGUUGCGUACGUGUGUGAGGUCUUAAAACAACUGUAAGCAUGCCUAAAAGAGCCAAGAAGAAUGAGGAAGCUGUGGAUGGGGAGACUGGCAAUGGAGCAGAACCUGCAAAGAAAGAGAAGAAGGGGAAGGAGCCAGAGGCUCCGAUUCUGUAUGAGGAUCCUCCUGAUCAGAUGACCAGUAAGGAUGGCCGUGCGGCUAACAUGAAGAUCACCUCCUGGAAUGUGGACGGUCUGCGCGCUUGGGUCAAAAAGAAUGGCCUUGAUUGGGUGCGUAAGGAGGAUCCAGAUGUGCUUUGUCUGCAGGAAACAAAGUGUGCUGAGAAAUCCCUGCCAUCUGAGAUCACUGACAUGCCUGAGUAUCCACACAAGUACUGGGCUGGAUCAGAGGAUAAGGAAGGUUACAGCGGGGUGGCCAUGCUCUGCAAGACUGAACCGAUCAAUGUCACCUACGGUAUCGGUAAAGAGGAACAUGAUAAAGAGGGCCGAGUUAUCACUGCUGAGUUUCCGUCUUUCUUCCUGGUCACGGCGUAUGUGCCCAACGCCAGCCGUGGUCUGGUGCGUCUCGACUACCGGAAGACCUGGGACGUUGAUUUCCGUGCCUACCUGAGCGACUUGGACAAGCGCAAGCCCCUGGUGCUGUGUGGAGAUCUGAAUGUGGCCCACCAAGAGAUCGAUCUCAAAAACCCCAAGGGUAACCGCAAGAACGCAGGCUUCACCCCUGAGGAACGUGAGGGCUUCACCGAACUUCUCAAGGCCGGUUUUACCGACAGUUUUCGGGAGCUGUAUCCAGAACAAGCCAAUGCCUACACCUUCUGGACCUACAUGAUGAAUUCACGAGCCAAAAACGUCGGCUGGCGUUUGGACUACUUUUUGCUGUCGUCUGCCUUACUCCCAGGUCUGUGUGACAGCAAGAUCCGAAACACGGCCAUGGGAAGUGACCACUGUCCUAUUACCCUGCAUUUGGCCAUUUAGAUCAGGUUUCAACCUUUUCAGUUCCGUAUAUAUCUGCAUAGACACAGAAGGGUCUAGUCCCGUUAGUCCUAGAUUAGUAUUUCCUCUCUAUAAACCAAAUAGAGGUCCACACACACACAGGAAUAUGUGUGGUGCAGACACGCAUUGAAAGGAAUUGUAGUUAAGUUGUUUUGUAGUUUUGCAGCUUUGGUUAAGUCUGCUGUUAUUGGUCACCUGAAAUCAGAUUUUGACACUAAAAUA